AUGAAAACUCUUACCUUAAUUCUCACAUUCAUCAUCAUCACUACCUUCUCAAAUGCAACACCAACAUUAAUCACUCAGUCUUCUAUGCUUAACCACACUCAACAACACAACGAGACUAAACAUGGUGGCAGCUGCAACUACAUGGUAAACAUAAAGACGAGCUGCAAUUCUCCAUCAUUUACAAAAGAUGAAAUCAGUCUUUUAUUUGGAGAUGCUCAUGACUCACAGGUUUAUGUGCCAAGACUGGACGAUCCUGAUUCUGGAACAUUUGAGCAGUGCACUACAAAUGAACUGGAAAUAUUGGGACCAUGUAUCAACAAAAUAUGCAAACUGUAUCUGUUUAGGAAUGGAACGGAUGGUUGGAUUCCAGAGACUGUUACAGCAUAUGACUAUGAUAAUCCACCUGUUCAAUUUUACUAUAAUGUUGGGAUUCCUGAGGAUGCUGGCUAUGGUUACAACUACUGUGAUAAAGCUUAG